AUGAUUGGAAGCUUCAACCAGACUGAUUCAAUUGAGUGCUGUGAAGCCGGAAUGGAGAAAGCUUAUUCUCAGGAAUCUGGUCCUGUCUUGAAGAAGUCCAAAACCAAAAUUUUGGCUUCUAAAAAUGAAGAUAACUGUGAAAUGGCAGAAAGCGAGGACAGACUUAGUGAUAUGCCAGACUGUCUUAUCCAUCAUAUCUUGUCAUUUCUGGAAACAAAGGAUGCUAUUCAAACUUGCAUUUUAUCAAAGAGGUGGAGGUAUCUUUGGGCUUCAGUUCCCUGCCUGAAUUUUAGCAGCAAAUCAUUCACGCGGUUGGUUGACUUCAAGAAGUUUGUGCUGUGGGUUCUAAACCACCGCGAUUCAUGUCAUGUCAAACUUCUUGUUUACUAUCGCUUUGGAGUAGAUUAUGCGACAGAUCAACAUCUAUUGAAUAAGGUUAUUGAGUAUGCAGCAUCACAUGGGGUUGAAGAAAUCAAAAUCAAUCUCCGUGCAAAAACAUCUGGUAGUCCUCCUGUUGAAAUUCCUUUGUCUCUAUUUUCUUGCCAAUCUUUGAAAAAGCUUGAGUUAAAAGAUUGCCAUCCUACAAAUGUGUCAUCCCCUAUAGGUUGCAAAUCAUUGGACUUGUUGCAUCUGGAACAGUUUGCAAUGGAUCCUGCUGCAGCCGAUUUUUCAAAUCCAUUUGCAAGCUUGGCAGAACUAUUUGGUUUUACAACACUGACAACUCUGCAUCUAAAUAACUUCACUCUGUGUUAUACAGGAAUUGACUGUCUUGACCCAUUUGCUAAUUGUGUGCAUUUGAAGAAUUUGCACUUAAGUGAAAUGUCCUUUAAGUCAGACUUGAACCCUAAGGAUUUUGUGAUAUCUGCUCCCAAACUCAGUAACUUGAAUCUAAUGUGCAACCGCUUUAAAUGCAAAAUUGUAGUUGCUGCACCACAGCUUUCCAAUUUCACUUACUUGUAUUCUACACCUUGCGCCUUCUUUGAGUUUCGACUUCCAUCUUUGGAUGGCUUGAUCAUUGAUAUACAUGAACCACAUGAUCGAUUUGAAAAAUGUCGUCGAAGGAAAAGAGAGGAGACUUUACAUGGUUUGAUCAAUAUGUUACGCGGAUGUCAUAGUGCAGAAGCUGUUAAACUGUCUUUCUGCACAGUUUCGGUUACUUGUGGGACUUCAGCCCUAUUAAAGCCAGAAUGUUUGUCUCCUAGUAAAUUGAAGUCAUUGAACUUUGGAGUGGGAUCAACAUAUAAAAUCUUCAUCAACAACCUUGACCAUAUAACUGCCUACUUCCGCAAUUGUUCUCAGCAUGCAGACUUUGAGAUUGUGUCUGUUUAG